UGCCACCUGUCAAUGUCCAUCAAUGCCAUCUUCAGUGCUGCCAAUCAGUGCCACCUAUCAGUGCCAGUCAGUGCUGCCUAUGAGUGCCAGUCAGUGCCGCCUAUCAGUGCCAGUCAGUGCUGCCUAUCAGUGCCACCUAUCAUUUCGCCUAUCAGUGCCAUAUAUGAGUUCUGUCUUUCAGUGUCCAUCAGUGAUGUCUGUCAAUGCCCAUCAGUGGCACCUUCCAGUACCUCCUCAUCAGUGCCCAUCAGUGCCGCCUAUCAGUGCCCAUCACUGCAGCCUCAUUAG